UUUUGAAUAAAUUCACUUGCGCGCAUGUUAGUUUUUUUUUUUUUUUUUUAAUUAAGCCCGUUCCCAUUGUUCUGCUGUAAAAUGGCCCAACUUCAAAGCUAAACUAAACAAACGUUCACGUUUACUACAAUAUUUCUUUUUCAAUUAUUACUCAAUAUUUCUUUUAUAUUUUAUGUAAAAGGGGGUGUGGUUAUGAUAUUCCCAUAUGAAGUAUGUACUCAUUAUUUUAAUAAUUGUUUUUAUUUUCUUGUUUUUAAAAGAAGUAUUACAUUUUUCCAAUGAGAAACAAUUGUAAUGUUUCUCCAUGCAGGUUCCUUCAUAAUCACAUUGUUAAGUCAUAAUAGCUCCCAUUCUCUUCUUUUGCUCUUUAGGACUUCACCACCUCUGGGGUGUAACGGACCGUGGCAGCCAGCAUUAGUAGUGGACUCACCGUCGCUAUGGCAACAAGUCAACUGAGUACAAGGAAGUAAAGAAGAGAAAAUCGAGGAAGCUGGAUGCACAAACACAAGAGGCUAAACACAGCAUGCACAUAUGCAGAAAACAUUUUCUCCAGCUGGACCCAUUUCAUCUGCCAGACGAGGAGCAUUUCAGUUGGAGGGCUGAGCUACAAUGCAGACCAAGCGCAGCGCAUGGACUCCAAUGAACCAUCUGCUGGCCAACACACAGAUAUUUGAAGAAAGAAGAAAGCUAGUGGCAAAGUGGUUCAAUAGGUGGUCUGACAGUCAGAGGAAGGAGGUGCUGCAGGACCUGGUGCUGAACUGUGCUGAGGAGCAGCUGAGGUUUCUGAGCCUGAGCGUGAGCAGACGGCUCCCCCUGCAGGCAGCAGACUUCACCUGUCUGCUGCCCCGAGCGAUCUGCCUCUAUGUCUUCUCCUUCCUGGACCCACGCAGUCUCUGCCGAUGUGCUCAGGUGAGCUGGCACUGGAAGAGCAUGGUCGAGCUGGACCAGCUGUGGAUGCCCAAGUGUUUGAAGCUUGGAUGGUGCAUCGACUUCUCCCCAACUCCCUUUGAGCAAAGCAUCUGGAAGAGACAUUACAUUCAAACUGUCCAGGAGCUUCAGCUGCUGAAGCCAGUUUCCAGCCAGCGGUUGAUGCUUCCAGAUUCUCAAGUUGUGAGUGAAAGUCCGGAACUGGUCAAUGCCACAGAAGGGCGACCAGGAACAGCUACUAAGACCAGAUCUAGGUUAAAGCUGGAGACACCUGCACUGCCACCAUGGAGGCACUCUGACAGAUGUCCCAAAGAUAUCAUUCGCUUCAACUACCUGAACAACCUGGACCCCAUGGAACAGGCACUGAGAGCGCAGAGGAGAAGCAGAGCCUCCACCUCUGGCAGUGGCAAGAAGGAUGAAGGGGGGAGGAAGACUCUGUCUGAGAGCGCUUACAGACUGCGCAAAGCCAAGUCUUUGAUGUUCCUCAGCUCCGGCAACAGGCCCCACAACUUCCCCACCCCUCCUCCUCAUCCUCAGACCCACAGUCGUCCCUGCUGGGCUUCACAAGAUCCCCCCAUCACCAAGGAGAGCGCAGGGAGUCGGGUCAGGCUGGCCCAGUGGAACGCCGGGAUCCGUCCCAGGCCGGUGUGGACGCCGGUGCCUCAGCUGGGAGUGGAAGCGCUCCGGGCCUUCCGGCGCUCACACAGAAGCAUCCCCAGUUAGUCAUCCCACUUCCUGUGUGGCUCCAGGCCUUAUGUGAUGUAACCACACAGCAAGAAGAGAAGGAUCGAGCCACAAAUAGUCUGGUUCUGCACAAAAAAGCGUAUUGUUGUCUGUGAGCUAAACCAUUCUUGUCAGAAGGAACUCUUGACUCAAAAGCGUCACAAACAAUCUUCGCUCUUUUGCCAAAACUACAGAAAAAAUAGCUUUAUUUCUGCUUACCUAAUGUGAGGAAAUAUGGAGUUAUGACAUUUCCAUUGAAAAUAUGCCACUAAACAGAUACAUAGAAAGGCACUGAAAACUUAUCGUCCUGCAUUUUAGCUGUGGACUGAACUCAAAUGAUGCAUUUAAUAUGUAUUUAUCUUAAUCACUAUUAGAUCUGCCUUCAGUGAAACUCAUAAAACUGGUCUUUCAGUGAGAACUUAAAGCUGUGUUAAAUCCUAUUUAUGAAGCAGAUUUGUUUAUGGGUGAAGGAAUCUUGGUGAACCUCAGGCCUCUGUGCUUCGUUUGAUGUUUUUUUUUGUUGCUGCUUCCAUCAUGUAACGAUACUAAGGGAUUUGACCAACAUAUUUUAUUUUCCAUACCUAUGUUGUUUUUGCUUUAAACCACCAAGACAAAUAGAAACAGAAUAAAUA